AUGAAGGCACUGAGCCAAGCACGGCUGGUCGACUAUUCGGAUAGCGAGGAUGAACCAGAAUCAGAAAUUGUAGCUGCACCGUCGGCUACUGGGCCUCCAGAUGAGGAAGGGUUCGCUCAAAUAGUCAUUGGACUACAGCACGAGUACACAAAAGAAGUCCGGGAGUUGCAGGCGCGACAAGAAGCAACAGAUCGAGAGAUGGCUUUGCAUGUAGACCAAGUCAAUAGGAGGUUGGAAAAGCAGCUCAACGUCUUGACCUCAGUCGUUAAGCCUUUGAAGAAAACGAGGAGAGAGAAUGCCGAUAUCGAUGACAGCAGAUACCACCCGAGGGAGGUGUUGGAGGUGGAGCCGGGAGCACUGGACCCCAGAACCCCCGAAGCUGAGCAAGUCACAGACAUUGCUGCCAAUGAAGCUGUUGUUCGCCGUAAAGCGUCUCGACAAAACCUGCUAUCCCCAAGAGACCCUGUCAACCCGUACGAUGACCCGAAGUACUUCAGCCCACUGACCGUCGUUGGCAAGGAUGGAGUUAUGCAGCCAAUAUUCAAGUUCUAUCCGCACCCAGCGACAGUCGAAGAGCAGUGGGCAGAAUAUAAAUACGGUCUCCACGGCCAGAAGCCCGUCGAAUUGCUAGAGAAGAUGUACCGGGCCAAGUGGCGAAACGGCACAUAUGGGCGUUCGUGGUUCACUCGUCGAAAGGCCUUUUGGGACAAGGUGAAGGGGCUACUGGAUCAAGGCCGCACGGAAGAGGAAGCGCUGGGUAUUCUGAGGGACCUUGGGAGCGGAAGCGUGCCGACUGUAGUUGCCAUUCUGUGCAAAGAGCGUGGAGGGGGAACACGUCCAGGGAGACGAAAGUCUCGGGGCCAGUCGGUGUACUCGGUAUGCGGCAGUAAACGUUCGCGAGAUGAGAGCUCCAGCAACGAAGAGAGCAGUAGCAGUGAAUCGGAGGAUGACGAAGCCCCGAGACCCAUCCGGUACAAUCCAUCGAGGCUACGGAAACGACUUGUGGUGUCCAUGGAUAGGGUGAGCGGUAGCGAUGAGCCUGAGUCGGCGCAAUACUCCGAACAAGAGACUGAUGGUUUGGGAACCUAA